AUGGUACAUGCCACUUCAGACGACUUUCGCAACCCAGCCCCAUCUCAGCUUGAGCUUUUGCACAAGCCAAAUGACAAGGGUUGUUUGUUUCUCUUUCUUUCCGGAUGCAGAACCGAGGCUCAUGUUGGGCAAUCGGACAUAAUACUGUUCAAGGCGGUGGUAGAAAUGCCAGUGUUGACACCCCCCGCUCGACUAAGGCAUCGCGCCGAUUCGUGGGAUGGUGGAGGUGAUGACGAUGCCUCGCCUUGCACACACCGGCGAAGACAACGGGCGGCAUUGGUUGCCUGUACCUGCUUUUAGAGAUUCACGUCUGACAUACGACGCUCACGAUGACGUGGUGAUCUGUCAUUGUAUGUAUCCGCUGUCUUGGCUCUGUAUGCAGAUCUUUGACUCGCUCAAGGAGAGCCAGACCAGAAUGCCAGAUUGGCCGGUUUUCUUCCCUGCUCCAUCGCCAAAAAUACUCGAAGUCUCGGCAGACACAGUGGAUUCGAACUGGCAUUUGCCCAAUGGAGCCCGCGGAUGGCGGGUGACCCAGUUCAUCUAUGUUAGCGGCCCUCCCCGCACUUUCAACCUUGAUCUGAGGGGGGGCUGCCGUCACACAACCAACAGCUCAGCACGCGCAACACUUUGUUUGGAUCUGCCAUCCAGACCUGUCUCGUUGCGCGAUGUGACGACAGUCGGCUGGCCUAGCCGUGCUCAACUGCAUGUCCGGACUCGUAUUGGCCUUCUCUGGGUGCUGCAUGAUGGCUAAGAAGCUGAGCUGCUGAUGCUACGUUGACCGUCCCACCGGCCGGUGCCCUCCUAGAUGUAAGGUGUCAAUUGUGAGUGCUGCGCAGAA